CCCGCUCUGGCCCCGCCCCCGGCCUCGCAGUCACGGUCCGCGGUCCCUGCGCUUGGAGUCGCCAUUUUGCUCCUAGGACGCUGUCUGGAGCGCCCGCUUACUUCCUUUGGCUUUCGAGGCUGCGGCGAGGCCGGGCUGGAUCUAGACCAGGAGGAGUUUUGUUGUCAGAGAGUAACAGGAGGUUGUCCAUAAUUGACUUUAAGCAGCAAACACUAAAACACUGAGCUCUGCAGCUCCACCUUUCUUGCUCUGAGAUUGGAAAACCAAGAAGGUUUUGAUGUUUUGUGUGGCGCCACCUGAAUUAGAAACCAAGAUGAAUAUAACCAAAGGAGGUCUGGUAUUGUUUUCAGCAAAUUCCAAUUCAUCGUGUAUGGAGCUUUCAAAGAAAAUUGCUGAAAACAAGAGUUCAGAUUCAAGAGUCUGUGAGGGGAAAAGAUGUGUUUAUCAUCCAAACCAUCUCAAAGGAUGUGAACACCACCAUCAUGGAGCUCCUGAUCAUGGUGUAUGCAUGUAAGACCUCAUGUGCCAAGAGCAUCAUUGGUGUGAUCCCUUACUUUCCUUACAGCAAGCAGUGCAAAAUGAGGAAGAGGGGCUCCAUCGUCUCCAAAUUGCUGGCUUCUAUGAUGUGCAAAGCUGGUCUGACUCAUCUCAUCACUAUGGAUUUACACCAGAAGGAAAUCCAGGGCUUCUUCAAUAUUCCCGUGGAUAACUUAAGGGCAUCUCCCUUCCUGUUACAGUACAUUCAAGAAGAGAUCCCGGAUUACAGGAAUGCAGUCAUUGUGGCCAAGUCUCCAGCCUCAGCCAAGAGGGCACAGUCUUUUGCUGAGCGUCUUCGCCUGGGAAUCGCAGUGAUCCAUGGAGAAGCACAGGACGCUGAGUCAGACUUGGUGGAUGGCCGGCACUCUCCACCCAUGGUCAGGAGUGUAGCUGCCAUCCACCCCAGCCUGGAGAUCCCCAUGCUGAUUCCUAAAGAAAAGCCCCCGAUCACAGUUGUUGGCGACGUGGGAGGAAGGAUUGCCAUCAUUGUGGAUGACAUUAUCGAUGACGUGGACAGCUUUCUCGCUGCAGCAGAGACCCUGAAGGAAAGAGGCGCAUAUAAGAUCUUUGUGAUGGCAACUCAUGGCUUGUUAUCCUCUGAUGCCCCCCGGCUGAUUGAAGAGUCUGCCAUUGAUGAGGUGGUGGUCACCAAUACGAUCCCACAUGAAAUCCAGAAGCUCCAGUGCCCCAAGAUCAAAACUGUGGACAUAAGCAUGAUCCUGUCAGAAGCCAUCCGCCGCAUUCACAAUGGGGAGUCCAUGUCCUACCUCUUCAGAAACAUAGGCCUGGACGACUGAACAGCUCUCCUGGGGCAGAGUCCCCAUGGGCCAAGCUGGAGCCUGGCAUGCGCACUGGGAGGGUCCAUGCCUGGCUGGGUACAGCUGACCAGAGCCGGGUUUCCUUCGUCUCCUCUCCCCACACCCUCCUGACUAAUUCCUGUGAAGGUACAUGGACCAACUUUUUAUGUCAGUUUGGUUUUUUGUGAGUUUGGGGGAUAAUUUUUAUAAAAGAAAAGCUUUCUCUUAAAUAAGUUAAAACCUUAUUGUUUUUAGUGUAGAGCCGUUUUAGAAAGUAUACUUAGAAUGAGAUUUUUAAGCUCAUAUCCUUUUUCCAAAGUUGCUUGAUCCAAGUGUUCAAAAAAGUUAUUGAAAUAAAAUGACUACUGUCUGCUCCCCAUGGUCAGAAAGCCAAAAAGAUUACAUUGUUGACUCCAGUAAGCAACGUUUUUAGAAAUGCUUUUGUAAACAAGCAUAUGGAAUAUGUGGUUGUAUUUAUUUUCUGCAACAAAAGAGAAUAAAACCUUGUGUUUUUU